AGCCGCUCUAGAGCGCGCCGGGUGGCCGCGGCGCUGGGCUUCGCCGGGCUGCUGUGCGCCGUGCUGGGCGUUAUCAUGAUCGUGAUGGUGCCCUCGAUCAUCAAGCAGCAGGUCCUCAAGGUACUGGAUGCUCGGGUUAUAAAAAUGAUCCUUGUGACUCCUGUAGCUGGUAGGAAGACGUGUUUAUCAAUAAAGGAUUGUUACACCUGAAGAAUGUGCGCAUCGACCCCAGCAGCCUGUCCUUCAACAUGUGGAAGGAGAUCCCUGUCCCCUUCUACCUCUCUGUCUACUUUUUCGAUGUCGUCAACCCCAAUGAGAUCCUCCAAGGCCAGAAGCCGCAGGUGCGGGAGCGCGGACCCUACGUGUACAGGGAGUUCAGACACAAGAGCAACAUCACCUUCAAUGACAAUGACACGGUGUCCUUCCUCGAGUACCGCAGCUUCCAGUUCCAGCCUGACAAGUCCCGCGGCCUAGAGAGCGACAGUAUCGUCAUGCCCAACAUCCUGGUCUUGAGUGCAGCAAUGAUGAUGGAGAAUGGGCCCAUGAGCCUGAAGCUGCUCAUGACCUUGGCGUUCGGCACCCUUGGCGAACGUGCCUUCAUGAACCGCACUGUCAGCGAGAUCAUGUGGGGCUACGAGGAUCCCCUCAUCCACCUCGUCAAUAAGUACUUCCCAAACAUGUUCCCCUUCAAGGGCAAGUUCGGGUUAUUUGCUGAGCUCAACAACUCUGAUUCCGGGCUCUUCACCGUGUUCACGGGGGUCAAAAACUUCAGCAGGAUCCAUCUCGUGGACAAGUGGAACGGGGUCAGCAAGGUCAACUUCUGGCAUUCCGAUCAGUGCAACAUGAUUAAUGGGACUUCCGGGCAGAUAUGGGCGCCGUUUAUGACUCCUGAAUCCUCGCUGGAAUUCUACAGCCCCGAGGCCUGCCGGUCCAUGAAGCUCAUCUACAAGGAGCAGGGGGUGUUCGAAGGCAUCCCCACCUUUCGCUUCGUGGCUCCCAACACCUUAUUUGCCAACGGGUCCGUCUACCCGCCCAAUGAGGGCUUCUGCCCGUGCCGGGAGUCCGGAAUUCAGAAUGUCAGCACCUGCAGGUUCAACGCACCCUUAUUUCUCUCCCAUCCUCACUUCUACAACGCUGACCCAGUCCUGGCAGAGGCAGUGUCUGGCCUCCACCCUAACCCAGAAGAGCAUUCCUUGUUCCUGGACGUCCACCCGGUCACCGGAAUCCCCAUGAACUGCUCUGUGAAACUGCAGCUGAGCCUCUACAUUAAGUCUGUGAAAGGCAUCGGACAAACUGGGAAGAUCGAGCCGGUGAUCCUGCCACUGAUGUGGUUUGGAGAGAGCGGGGCAAUGGAGGGUGAGACCCUUCAGACGUUCUACACCCAGCUGGUGUUGAUGCCCAAGGUGCUGCGUUGUGCCCAGUACGUGCUCCUUGCCCUGGGCUGCGUCCUGCUGCUCAUCCCCAUCGUCUACCAAAUCCGGAGCCAAGAGAAGUGCUAUUUAUUUUGGAGUAGUAGUAAAAAGGGCUCAAAGGAUAAGGAGGCCAUUCAGGCCUAUUCUGAAUCCCUGAUGACAUCAGCUCCCAAGGGGACUGUACUGCAAGAAGCAAGACUGUAGGUGGGUACCAGGUAACACCUCUCGCCCCCCAUCCCCUCCCAUAGUGAGUAGAACUCUGGCGGCUUGAAACGCUUGGGAUCUCACACAUCUCUUCAGCCUGAACUUCACCUGGAGUGUCUACAGAUUGAAAAUACGUAUUUGUGUAUUUUGUUGUCUUCUUACGUUCCGAGUGAUCCCAGGCGUGGUAGGCGAUGGAGGGUGACUAGUGGGCUGCUGUCUUGUUUGCAAGGUUGUCUUAGAAAGGCAGGAUCGAGGUUUAGGUCUCAGCUGCUUCUCAAACCUCUGGUGCGAUAUAGACUCUUCUGGGAAAGUCUGCGAAAAAAUGCAGGUCCACAGACAUCCUUCUAGACCUCUUGGAAUAGCGUCAUGGGUGGGGCCCAGGAAUCUGUAUUUUAAUGGCCCCCUAACAGGAUCCUGAUGUAGAUAAGUUUAAAUAAAUCCGGAUGACUGGCCAAGACAAAAGAAUUUAGGCAUCCCCUGGGCACCAAGUGUAGAUCUAGGACUCGGUCUGAGGGUAUGGUUGCCAGACUGAGCAAAAACAAACAGCCCCAGAAACAACAACAACCGGACGCUCAGUUAAAUGUGAAUUUCAGGGAAACAGUGAAUGAUUUCUAGCCUAAGUGUGUCCCAUGGAAUUAUCAGGACACGCUUCUACUGAAAAACUGUUUGCUGGUUACCUGAAAUUCACAUUUAACUGGCUGCCCUCCUUCAUCGGGCAGCCUACCUGCGGGAGACGGAGGCUAGUGCCUUUGGGGGUUCACCUCCUGGGCUGUGUUCCUUUAGGUCUGAGGUCUUAGGAGAGCCGAGUCCCACCAGGGGAUGUGACAGGCAGCGCUCUGGGCCCUACGGUUGGGGUUUGGGCGGGGGUGAGUCGCCCUAUGCUUAUGCCUCGGAUUAUAGCUUUUGGUUUCUGAAAAAUGUACCACCUCUCCAGCUUCUGGGGCUGGGCCUGCUCGGGUUUAAAUAGCUUUCCUGAGAGCCACAGGCUGGGGAUGAGGUGACAGCCCUACUCUUUGGGACCAGUUGGCGGCUUCCAGUUUGCUUGGAUUGCCAGGGCCGGAGGAGGAGAUAAAAUAGAACAUGGGCGCUGGGCGUGGGUGUGUUUGUUGGCAGGUACUGCCAGCCCUGCAAGGAGCGGGAGGGAGGGACCGCUGUGCCCCCAGCCAGGCUCUGGGGGGCUCCUACUGCCCAUCUGGGGAUAAGAGAGCCCGACCACGUCAGGGCUGGGUGUUAAGGGGGUUGUCUUCCUGAGCUUAGGGGGCAGGGUGUCCUAGCUGGAGACGAGCCCCCCGUUGCCUUCCUCUCUCCCAGAAUUCCUCUUGGGACGCCCUUCUUGUGUACAAUUUGGCCCCAUUGGCACCCCUGCCCCCUUGCAGCCACGAUUCCCUUCUGCAGAAACUUGCCUGGCGUUCUCGCGGUGCAGGGGUGGGGUCUUCAGGCACAGAGAUGGGGGUUAUUUGCUUUUAGCAUAGAUAGAGCUGGUGUUUGUGAGGUCUCAGCCCCAUGGCUGCACCUCCCUGGACACAGCCAGGAUGUCCUGCUCCCUGCCCCCCCCAAAAUAAAAAUAAAACAAAACCAAAGCUGGAGUCUCUUCGUGAUUUACCAGCAGAAUCCAAAUGUCAAGUUAUUAGGGAAGUUUUUGAUUAAAGAGAUGCUACUGCUCUGUCUUCUGGAAGACAGGUCAGCCUUCAGCCCGGAUGAGACCCCUACCCCCCGGUCACGUGUACUUGGGGAAGGCAGUGUCCUGUCGGGUCUGCUUUAGGGGACCAGGCACCUGGGAAGCGGCCAGUGGUCCUGGAGACCUGGAAUCCCUGCAGCUCGGCCUCUAGCCUGUGCUGAGUCCCUGGGGACGGUCCUAUACCUUGCCCCGUGUCUGGGCAUGGGGGUGGCCUUGAGGGGCUGCUUUGCUCCAGGAAAGGGAGGACAUGGGGCCUCCACUAGCCCAGAAGGGUGUUUUUCUGCGAAUAAGAAAAGACAGCUCCUCUGUGCAGACAUGGCCUACUUUAGGGCUGAGGGCUUGGCAAACAGAGUACACCCCGUUUAUACCCACUUGGCUGGGUGCCCUUGUGCAGUGAAUAGCCUGGACAAUGGUACUGGGCAGCCCUUCAGGGACAUGUUCCAGGAUCACCUCUUGCAGUCUCAUGAUUUCUCUCGUUAAUUCCAAGUCCUCAUUCCUCAGUUAAACGGAAGUGUAUUCCCUGAAGGUUUGUACAUGUGUCUUUCUUGGGAAGACAGUUUCCCCUUUGCAAUUUUUUUUUUUUUUUUUUUUUUUGUGGUACGCGGGCCUCUCACUGUUGUGGCCUCUCCCGUUGCGGAGCACAGGCUCCGGACGCACAGGCUCAGCGGCCAUGGCUCACGGGCCCAGACGCUCCGCGGCAUGCGGGAUCCUCCCGGACCGGGGCACGAACCCGUGUCCCCUGCAUCGGCAGGCGGACUCUCAACCACUGCGCCACCAGGGAAGCCCUCCCCUUUGCACUUUUGAGCGAGGCUUUCUCCAGUCGUGGCUCUCUGGGCCCACAUCGCUAAGAAUCCCCCGCCCCCCGACCCCCGCUGUCCCAUGCUGCCUCUGUGUCGGGGGGUGUGUCGGCAGAGGCGCACGCCCACCCCUCCUUGCCCCUGGCUGGAAUGUGGCUCGGUGCGCGGAAGCCUGAGCUCUGUCCCCGAGGAAAGGAGUCAGGAGUCCCCCAACGCUCCCCACCCAGAGUGGGGUUUGAUUUACCCCACCCCGCGGUGAAGCAGGCCCCUGGGGGUUGUGAGCAAAGGCCCAGGUGGGUAGGGGCGUCCGGGGUUUUCCGACCACAGCUGCUGGGCAAGGAAGCGUCUCCGUUCUUCGAGGGGAAGGAAGCCAGGGCCUGGGGGGAUGAAAAGUUGCCCCCAAUUCUUAUCAUCAUGGCUACCUUUAAAAUUUUCCUUAAAUUGAGAAACUUAAAAAUGUAAAACUAGAUGAACUGCACGCUCUGAGUUCCCUCUCACCCAGACCCAACAACCCUGCUAACAUUUUGUCGUAUUUCACCUUUUCCCUGUGUGUCCUUUGCCCCCCUCGCCAAGUCCCACUGCCCCUCCCCCUCUCCCCAGAGACAUCCAUCGCUAGGAGUUUGGUGUUUGCCUGUUUCUUCCCCUCUAAGUCUGUAUAUAUGUAUCCACGAACGACAGAUAAUUUUUAAAAAGCUUACCUCCGUGGUGUCAAACUAUAUGAAUCACUCCGCAGCUGGAUUUCCCCUCUUCAGUUUUCUGUGUGACAGCUGUGUAGGUUGACUACGAUCUUGUAACUCUGUCUUUUAAAUGCAUUCUGAUAUCAGUGGACAUUUAGGUGGUUUCCAGCUUUUCUGUGUUAACGGUAUUGCUUAUAUAAGCCCUGGACUCCUUGCUCUGCCCUUCUCACUGUAUUAGGCAAGUCUCUUAGGGUCUCAGUUUCCCCAUCUCUAAGAUGGGUGAGAGCAUGGCAAGAUGGUGUUUCAUGAGAUUAGGAGACCCUUUGUAGUGGAGUCCCAGGAGUCUGUAGGUCACUCCAGUCUUCUCUCAUCUCGAGCUUGAUGGGGGGGUGCAGAUGGGGGCUCCAAGGGGGGUUUC